UAGCGCCCGAAUUAUCUGUGGGCGUACUCACCCAAACGUCCUAAAUCCCCCUUUUCUUUUUUGUUGGAUUUUUUACUACCGUCUUUAUACUCCUCUUCCAUGAUAUAAUUAAAGAGUUUAUCAUAACCAUAAAGUUCACCAUAUCAUCCAGCCAAGCAAACUUUAUGGAGGCCAACAACUUCUCUUCCAAGAUUUCCAACCUUAAUUCUUUUAUUAUUAACGAAAACAUUAAUCAUCUCGUCAAUUUGCGUUACGCAAAUAUUUACGUAGCUAUUACAGUUCAAUAAGAUGAAAUCUCAUAAUGUGAUUUGAUUAUUAGACCACACAUUACAUGGGAUUUAACUAACAACAUACUAUAACAGUAUGUAAAUUACAAAUACAUUACAUAAUUACCCUAGUGGUCUCUCGAGCUCACCGCAUAUUGUGAUGCCGAUUGGGGAGGAUGCCAGACGACUCGCAGGUCGACCACAUGAUACUACAUACAGCUGGGAGGUGCUCCGGUUUCAUAGAGGAUGAAGAAGCAAAAAAUGGUAUCUCGAUCGUCUGCUGAGGCGGAGUACCGGGCGAUGGCCAGCACGGUCAGCGAGGUUGUUUGGUUGCGUUUUCUCCUUACUGAGUUUGGUGUGCCGCAGCCAUGCCCGACACCUCUGCACUGUGAUAAUCAGGCAACUUUACACAUAGCUGCCAAUCCCGUUUUCCAUGAACGCACGAAGCAUGUAGAAAUGGAUUGCUACUUCGUGCGUGAGCGAGUGGUCUCCAAGGAGAUAGCACCGGUGAAGAUUGGUAGUUCUUCCCAGUUGGCGGACAUCUUCACCAAAGCCUUGGGCACGGAACAGUUUCAACGUCUUCUCUGCAAGCUUGGCAUUCGAGACCUACAUGCUGCAGCUUGAGGGGGAGUGUUGAACCGUGUAUCUUCUUGCACUCAUUUUCUUUUUUGAGGACCUUUCUGUUAUUUGCCUCUCUAACCUAAUUGCCCUAGUGACGUUUUAGAAAGGGUAUAUUAGGAGGGCUUUGUAGCCGAGUACUGUAUUCUGCGCAGCUCAUAUUCUCUGCAAACAUAAUAAGAUAAACUGAGAGCUUCGGCUCUCCGUGGAGUAGUCUCGCUCACGGAACGGGGAAACCACGUAAAUCGUAGUGUUGUGCUUCCGCAUUCUAGUAGAUUUUAGAAAAAGUUUUUGGAUACCAUGAUGAAUAUUUUAGUUUAUUUGCUUGAGAAAAUGAUACUUAUUGUAAAUUGACUCUUAUGUUAGGCUAGCAAUUGAAAGGUCACUUUUGAACAAUGAGUUAUGAUAUGGAAUAACAUAUGACUUGAAGGAUGUCUACAUGAUUGAAUAUACAAUGUUAUUCAAU